AUGGCCGUCCUCUUUUCUGCUUUCUCUUUCUUCCAAGAUUCUCUCUCUAGACGCCCCCAACGCGGCCCAGCCCAGCCCACUGAGCAAAAAGCGCUUUCCCCUUCCCUCACCCGACAUCACAUCGCCGGGUGUCGACUCCGCCUGGGGUGCCGAUAUCAGCGAAACUUGCCUCGAUGGGCAACCUUCAGCGAUUCCCGCCCGCCCCAGUAUUGUGCUCCUUAUCCGGAUCAUGUCCACACGUGUGUAAUCAGGUCCAUGAUGCGCCAUCGACAGAAUCUGCAAUCCGCCAUGCCUCGAUAUAUCCAGAUCGAGAACAUCGCUGCUGAAUCUCACGUCCUGCUUCCAGGUGUAACUCGAGCGAAGCAGGAGAUGUGCUCAGCCAAGUAG